UGUUAAAAUAUAGGCCUACCAGAUGAAAUUUUCAUUUGUACAGUAAUAUUUUUAAGAAUUUGGACUAUUUAUGGUAGCCUAAUAAUUUUUCUGAUAAAUUAAAAUUUUUUCCUUACUCUGUGCAAAUCAACCAGUAUGGACUUGUGGAAGAUAUUUUAGUUAACUUAGUGUUACAUGUGAAUUGAUUUUUCAAAGAAACGAAUCGUUGCAAGACAAGUUUGCCAAUAGCCUACCAUCUUCAGAUACAAUUAAUAGUGGAGUAAAUUUAUAAGGAGUCAUGGGCAUACUGAACAUAGGGGUGUUGGGAGCCGGAGUGGUUGGUCUAACAUCUACACUGCAACUGCUGGACAAGUUCCCAAAUUGUAAUAUAACAAUCAUCGCAGAUAAAUUCAAUCAAGACACAACCAGUGAUGGAGCUGCUGGUAUAUUUAGACCUGGCACAAGCUUUUCCGGACCUUCUCCAGAAAUUACUCGACAGUGGCUGGUAGACUCUUAUGAUUGGUACAGUGAGUUGCUGAAUGACAACUGUGGUGUAAGUCCCGUUUCUGGCUACAUAUUCUCUUCCACCAGUCUACAACUUGUCAAAAACCAUCUACUAGAAGGACUAGUUCCAGUGUACAGACCUGCUCGUAGUGAUGAGUUGAGCCUGUGUCCGGGAGGGUGGAAGUACGGGUCAUACUUUGAGACUUUGCUAAUUGAGUGCCGUGCUUUCCUACCUUGGGCUCUACACAGGGCUCAGAGUCGUGGUGUGUCUGUUGUGAGACAACAUGUAGACAGUCUGGCCCAGUUACAGAGCCAAUAUGAUGUUGUGUUGAACUGCUCUGGUCUCGGAUCCAAACUGUUGCUUGGAGACCAUAAGCUUGUACCCAUCAGAGGCCAAGUUAUCAAGGUUCACGCUCCAUGGGUCAAACACUUCUACUAUGCUGACUAUGACACGUACAUCAUCCCGGGGAGUGGAGGUGUAGUAACAUUGGGAGGAUCCCGUCACUACGACAGUCACCACACGGAGGCGUGUGGCCACGACGCGGCAGCCAUACGGGAGCGCUGCCUGGCCUUGGUGCCCAGUCUGGCCACCGCGACCACCCUUGGCACCUGGACUGGCCUGCGACCGCACCGGGACACAGUGCGGGUCCAGGCAGAGAGGGUAGGCAACUUGACGGUGAUCCACAACUACGGUCACGGAGGCUAUGGUGUCACAGCAGCGCCUGGUACUGCCAAGUAUGCUGUGCACUUGCUGCAACACACUCUCAUGGGAAACUGCAAACUCUGAAUCCCUGUGUCAGCUGCCAGUGUACCAAUCGGUCAGAACUUGCCUUUUCAUCAUGUUCAUGGUUCAACACUAACCUAGCUGUUUUGUCAAUUUGAAAUUUUGAUUUUUUUAAAUUCUGGUGAAAACAGUAAUGAAAGGUUUCUUGUAGGUUACAAUUUUGCUACUACCUGUUCAACCCACGGUAGUGAUAUGGAAGCUUUUGAGUAUAUUAUUAUAUUUAUAAACAUUUAUUUGGGUUGGAUGUAACUAACAUACCGUGUUUUGGUUGUUCGAUUAUACUCUGGUAUAACCAACAAACGUUACACUAACAUUGCUGGCAUUACAGUGGGUCGUAACAGGAUUAACUAUUUUGAUACCUCCAAAAAAAUCCUUCCAAUUAAAAAAUAUCAUUCUUAGAAAAUUAAUUGUUUAAUGUUGCGAUAAAAAAUAAAGUGGGCAAGAAUACAAUAAUCUAUGCAACUACCAUGAGUUUUUUGGUGUACAACUAUGAUGAAAUGUCUUAUAAUUUAUAUUUAGUUACAAUUUUAUUCUUUUACUUUGUUGCAAGCCUAAUAAAAACAGUUUUGCUCAUAAGUUUGGUCGAUUUCAGGUCUGUAAACAUCAUUCUAUAUUGCUGUUUUAUUUUACAAUAAUUGGUCAAAUAAACUUGGAUUUUUAAUUUUAUUUUUAAUAUAGCCUAGUUUGUAAAACAGAAUGGUGUUGUUUAAUUGUUGUUUUUUUUUCUUUAAGCACUGUUUUAAAUUCAUUCAAAUUUUUGUGCCCUUUUUGCUUAGUCUACAGUUACACAUGGAAGUAAGUUGUGUGAUUAUUUAACUGUUAUUAUAACAUCUGCAUGCGAUGGUUGUGCAUCUUGAUUUUAUGUCAUAUUAACUCAUCUUUAUAAUAAAAAAUAUACUUUUGCCGCCUUGGAAUCAAAAACUAUCUUUAUCUUAAAUUCUGUCUGUCUUUCCCUUUGUUGAUUCCCACAGGUCUGUUUGAGUCCUUUUCUUGUUACAACAAAUUUACAGAUUGAUGUAAACAAUGUAUCCCAUUUGGAAUAAAAUAGUGGGAGUGUUUUCUUAGCUUCCGUCAACCAGAAUGUAACUUCAGUUUACACAAAGAUUAAAUUAAUUGUAUGAGAUUUUGUUUAUAUAUAAAAUUAAUCAGAUACUAAUUAAACUCACCGUUCAAUUUAUUGUUAGUUUCAACCAUUGAUUCAGUACACUAGAGGUCUCCAAACUUGUUCACAUAAGGGCCAGUUUUUAAUAUCUUCAGCCGGGCCACGAUGACUGUGGGGUUUCCUUAACCCCCAAGGGGGAAGUUGGGCCCUCUUACACAACAUGUUCGCAGCAACUAUAUUCAUAUUUUACCAAACAGAUCAAAAUCUCCAAAAGAAUAUCAAGUCAUUAAAAAUAUACAAGAAGUGUGCUCCAAAGUUUGCAAAAUUAUACUUGCAAAAUCAACAUUUUGAGCACUUUGACAAAGAAAAAGUUUAAUCUCUUGCAAUCUGAAAAGGGGGUUUAAGUGCAAAACUUCCUUUUCGGGUUGGUUUAAUUUUGACUUGUUAUUUUCCUAUUGGUUUAUAAAAAAAUCUGAAAGCUUAGUAAAAUAAUUCUAAAAAUAUAUAACAGAUAAUUCUCAAAAGUUAUUACCUGUAGUGAGAUAUCCAUCAUCACUAAUAUAAAAUGUGCAAAACAACCACUACAAAAAAGUAAUUGAUUUUUCCAAAUGAAAUUGCUACCACAACAACUAGCAUCAAGCAUUUUAAUUUUUCAAACAAUAAGCAAUAAAAUAUUGUUAAAGAUAGAGACAGUUUAUAUUGGCCACCUGGCACAGGGGGAAUGGGUGUCAUCUUGGUUCAGCUACGGCUACGAUCAUAUCACUAUGCCAAUGCAUACAAAAGCCUCCAAACUAUGGCCGUAGUUUGGAGACCCCUGCUGUACACUAAGGCAAUGCUUUAACCAAAAUAUUUUUUUGAGUUUGAAAUCUAUUGCUCAUUAUGUUGUAUUUUAAAGAAAGCCUUGUUGUAGAUUAUAAUUCUAUACCCGGGACUUUGGAGUACUUCUUGUAUAUUUUUAAUGACUUGAUAUUCUUUUGAAGUUUUCUUAUCUGUAUAGUAAUAUUUAAAAUAGUUGCUGAGAACAUGUUUUUGUUGAAUAUGUUGUGUGAGUUGGUAAUUUAUUUAGAAGCUCAGACAAUCUUUUUUGUCACCUAUUUUUUAUACUUGGUUUUUUAACAAAGUAAUACAGUUCCUCAUCAAUAGAUGCAAAUAAAUCAUCAGUGAAAUCUGUAGAUAGAGUUUUACAGUUGUUAUUUAUAAAUUUUGAUUUGGUUGAACACCAUUCUUUUUAGACAAAUAGUUGUGAUGUUGAUAGCCGAAUAUUUUUUGUUGUACAGUUAAUUGUUCUGUGGUGUUAAGAAAAAAUGUAUGUAUUAGCAAUGAAUACAAAUCCUUUAAGAAGCAAAAUGCUUACGGAGAAUAGUCAGACUGGAAUUUUGCCGAAAUGAGCUUUGCACGGCUGCUACUCGCUCAGUCUCGCUCAGCAAUAGACUUGGCCGUGCGCUCGCGAAAGUCUACCUAGCGGCCGCCACGGGAACUAUCCAAAAUUAAAAUAUUCCCAGACUGAAUUUUUUACAAAGGCAUUGAGCUUCUUAUAAGUUUUGUAUUCAUUGGUAUUAGUCUAUGUUAAAUUAAACUAAGUUAACUUUCCUUCCCAGUUGUCAAGAAUAGAAGUCUUGCUAGUAAUCAAUGUAUCUCUUUUCAAGCAUACAUAGGUGAGAACAUAAGCCAGCGAAUACUGCUAGUGUUAAUGACCUUUUCCAAUGGGCUAACAUUUGUAAUAAAUUACCCAUUAUUUAAGCAAUGAAAACAUGGAAAAUGAUAUCAAGUAUUCCUAAAAGAUGCAAGAAAACUGCUAAACAUAUAUUUUCUCAAAUUAUUCGUGUAUCAAUAAGUCUCGGAGGAGCACCUACACUCCCAUAAGAGCUAACAAGACAUUUCCCCUUGUUAAGGGUAUUCAGCGAAAGAAUUUAUGUAACUAUGUUAUCUUUUUUUAAACAAUUUUCAAAACUAAUUUAGAAAUUCAUUAGACCAGUAUAAAUCGAAUAAUGUUUUGUAAUAAUUUUUAUUCUGCAUGCAUUUCAAUAUAUUGAGAUAUGAAUAAUAAAUUAUUUAAACCACAAUUUUCCAUUCUUUUCACUUGUCUAAAGUUCAUCCAAAAAUUUAAUUAACCCAGAUAAAAAAUGAGGUUGAGCACCCUUAAUAUUUAGGCUGUUGUUUUCAUACAAAAUCAUUUUGUGUUAAUAGCCUAUUGCAAAUAUGGUGGCUAAUAGUAUUUGUACCAAGAAGAUUGGUUAGGUUAGUUACUCAGUGGAAAAGUUAGGUUUUAGUUACUCAAGUUAUUUGGGCAUUCUCAGUGAAAACAACUUCUCGUAAAAUUCAUCAAUGAGAUAAACUAAUCCCGGUGGAUUUAUUCCACCAGGCCUAGUACAGUAUUAAGAGUAACAUCUUAAACACUAUUAUUAACACAAAUUAAACAUGCUAACUAUAUAGUCGGACAUUCAUUGUUUGAACAGGAGAAUCAUUCAAUAUACAUAAUCCAUUAAGUUACUUGGAUGCGCAGUCUGUUAUACAUCGUUCACAAUAUUUAGACGGUUUUAGGGUAAGAAAUCUAUCCCCUCCACUUGACCCUUACCUUUAAAAUAAUAGCUCAAUGGCUGAUUACUGAUUUAUAUGUAACUAAGCAAUAUACAUUAAAUACAAAAUACCCCCGCCGCAGCAAACCAAGCGAAUUUACAUUUGACUGAUCGGAUUUACUCAAAAAUAUCUCCUUAAAAAAAUCAAAUUUAUUCCCUAUUUAGAUAGCAUGGUUUUAACGUGUACUUAGGUUUGCUGCAACAGGGAGGGUAAAAAAGUGAUUUUUUUGUGUAAAAUGUUAAUAGUUUAGUAUGCAAUAAAUACAUUUUCUAAAAUUGAUCAAAAUAUAUUCAUAAAUAAGCAAAUUACAACCGUUUACUUAUUCUCCAUAAGAAUAACAUGGGAAUUUUUAAUUUACAAAUUUUUCUGUAACUAUUAGGCACAUAAUAACGCUUCAGAAAAUUAAAUUGUUUGGUUUUUUAAGCUCUACAAAAUAGUUUGGAAAUAAAUUGCAAAAUCUUAUGUUUUUAGGGUCAAAAAGGGGAAAACCCAAUUUUUGCCCCAUAAACCCCCGUUGCCAUAAUAUCCGAUCAUGCUGAUUUGCGAACUCGUUUAUACCAAAUUUAAUCAAAAUCAGAUAAUUUUUGCUUGAGUUAUCGUGCUAACGGACACACACAUAUAUAUACAUACAUGAAUUUGAACAGUGUUUUUGGCCUCUAGGGACUUCAAAACGAAAAAGUAAAUCGGUCCCGGGUCCAGGUCUUACCAUGAAUACUAAAGUAAUAGCUUAUUCCCUAUAUGGAAAAUUCGCUAAAAAGUAGUGUGGGAAUUCCCCUCAAACCCCCUAAAUAUUGUGAUCUAUGCUGAAAACUUGAAUCAGGCGAUACUGCCUUAAUUAUACCGUAAAUGUCUGUAAACUCAGCUGUACAAAAUUGUAAACAAAAUCUGAACUUCUAUACAAUUUGUUGAUAUUUUACUGUUUUUUAUCAUACUUUCUUUUUCCUGAAUUAGUUUGUGUAUUCAUUUUAAUUCAUGUUUUACUCUUUUUUUAUGACAUUUUUAAAAAUAUUUCAACAAAACACGGUUUUUAAUAGUUUGAAAAACUUGAAGUAUGUAAAUAAAUGUAUUAGUAUGUAUUUUCCAAUGUGUCGUAUCCUACUAUAAGUAUACCAGAGUUAUUAAUUUUUUUCAUAAACUUUGUUUUGCUACAUGGGGAACUUGCUUUUUAAAGUUACUUAUGUUAGGGUUUAUCUGUCCAGUUUUUGUUUAUAUACUUAAAAAAGUGUAGUUGACCCCAGUGUGCCCAUGACUGUAGCUCGUUUACUUAAGCACCUUGUAGCUUGAUAUUGUUAGUAACACCAAAUGUUUGUGUAUGCCCUACCAGCGUAGAGUAGAGGGACCACUGUAAAUAGUCGACUAGUUUAUCGUACAUUUGGUUCUUCCACAGCAAUACUGUCACCUGGCCACCCACUGAUUUGUAUAUUGUUAGGCUGAUUAAAUAAUAAACAGUUUGAAAGUUA